AUGUCUCCGUCCAGUGAGAAAUUCACUUUGCUGGAGAGUGGCACCUCGCGACUCCACUUCAAGCUUGCCAAGCAGCUCGAGGAUGAGGGCUCGACUCGUCGACAAGAUCUUGUUAUCCUCGAAACAGUCGCUCAUAUCCGCAAGCAGCUUGCCUCGCGCUCGAUCUACAGCGACGUUUCCAACCUCACUUCGGCUCUUGUCACCUUGCUUCACUGCCUUCAGCACUAUCCAAGGUCAGCCACAUCACUGUCCGGAUCUGCCACUUUGAUCGAUACCAGUUUUGCCCUUCUACCGACACUGCAGCUGCUCAGUUUGGCAACGAGCUGGAAGCACCUACUGAUAGCACAUCAGCUUCUUCCCUUUCUUCUCCCUGUAAAUGCACCAAACAACGUCACUCAAGAUGCAACAAGUCCGUUCACUCGCUCUUCGUCCAGGUCAUCUCGAGGUCAGAUUCCAACAUCUGACGACUCAACCUCGCUGCUUCUUCUCAACACGUUUCGAGCGAACCUCUCAGCAGCUUCUGACUAUCCUAGGCCGAAAGCACUGCGCCACAAUACUAGCAGCUCGGCUCGAUCCCGAUCGCGUUCUUCGUCCAAUCCGCGGUCGUUGCCCGAAAGCGACUCUUCAAGCAGCAUCAAUGUUCGAGCUUUAGCUUCGCUCAAGGCGCUUGUGACCGGCACACUACGGGGAUCUGCCGUACUGCCAUCGCUGGCUACCACGCUGGUUGAUCUUACCAGGCAUCCAGACUCUUCCAUUCGAUCCAUGACGAUGUGUGCUAUGCUGUCUUGUGCAGAAGUCAGUACAACCGAGUCAACCGAUAGUGAUGGUCAGACAGAGAUACUUGACGCAGUACUCACGAUCGUUCGCCUGACACAAGCCUCGGCGUACGCCUUUUCUGUGGGGUCCAAUCUCGAAGAGAAUCACGGCAUGAUUUUGGAAGAAAUGGAGAAGCGAGUCGAUUCCAGUCCAAAGGUGCUUCGGACUUGUAUCAAAAUCGUAAAUUAUGCCCGUACCGUUGGCCUUAUUUCUGCGAAAGAAGCAGCUUGUCACGCUAUUGAGGCGCUGCAAGCAGCCAGAUGGGCACCUAUGCACCUCGAACUGACGGCGCUUCAGCAGAGACAGGUCGUGACAUCAGUUCUGGAUCGAACCGAAGGCCUUCGUGCGCGUAAGGCUGCGCGACAGAGAGCAUCUUUGCAAGUGGAACAUGACUACCACGGUACAUACGCGCCUUGGCUUGUUCAAGCGUGUCUGUCAUCACUUGUAGACAGCAUUGAAAGCAUGAACGAGAACGUCUCCCAACAGCUAGAUGGGAUGACCAGACGACAGCUGCUCAAGGUAGUGCUCCGGAUCUACGACAUUGCAUCCCGAGGCAGAGCGGCAGCACUCCUCCUCUGUAUCUCCGCAGCCCGAUGCAUUGCAGCGCUGUACCGAGCACAAACCCCUCUCUCCGGCCCUGCUGGCGAUGACGACGGAGAGCUUGCAAUACUGUGGAAUAAGUUAUCCGCGCACAUCAAAUCUCAACUACAUAAUACCAACCCUAACCGCAAGGUAGCCGGAAUCGAUCUGUUAAGUGCACUGCUCCCACUUGGAUGGGCGCAGACCACGAGCGAGGGCGAAGGACAGACCUCUCCGCUGCAAAUCACCGAAGCUGAAUUGGGACAGCUCAUGGUGAUGCUUGCUGACGCUGACGCAUCUGUCCGCAAACGAGCAUUGACAUUGCUGCAUCGAGUUGAUCCCAAACUCAUCACCCUCUUACGCUUGCAGCUCCAGAACGCUGUCAAGGAUGCGAUCGACGCAAGAAAAGACGAACAAGGCAACUAUAUCCGAGCGCAGCAUGAUGUACCAUUGGCUGCGGAGGCACAGCGUUUGGUCGAGGUUGCCCAGUUCGCGAUAUCGAUCCAGCGUGAGCCAGAGCUUCAGACUGCAUGCGAAUCGGAAGAAGCCAUGUCGGCUCUGGAAGACUCUCUUGUCAGCGCAAUUUCGCUUGGGCUCUUUGGAAACUUUGAUGGCGAUCGUACAGCUUCAGCAAGCGCCUGGACAAUAUCGACCUUGAUCAGCAUAAGCUGUCUAUCAAUGGCUCAACGUAUACAUCUACUACAGCGUCUCAUGGCUCACGUGGUCGAAACUAACUCCACGUCCGAAUCCCAGGAGAGAUCCUACCUGUGUUGUCGCCUUCUGGUCGAUCUUCGUGUCCAUGACUUGCACGAACAUGGCCCAGCUGUAAACUCGUUUGUCCAAUGGGUCGAUUCAGAUCUCCUUAGCUCACACGGUCUCAGCACCGUCCUAGUAAAGUCCUCCGGAGAUGAUCGUGUCGCAGUGGCUGCCCGCGAGACUAUCCUGGGAAUUGCAGCUCGCAUGAUAUCACUUGUGGUCAAUAUCUACGGGCUACAGUCGUCCAAGCACCUUUCCUCAGGGCUUGCUGCGCUGCAAUCCACCCUUUCCCAACUCAUCGAGACUGAAUUGGUUGCAGCGGUGCGUCUCGAGGCCUGCAACCUGCUGCUCGUGUGCGAGACGCUCCUAGACCCUCUCUGCCCUGGCUACGAGGAGCUGAUCGUCAAGCUGAAAGAGAUAGCAAUCUCUUCUCACACUUUACAAGAUUCCACGAGGUCGUUGCUGGAACUACAGCUCGAGGAUUCCUCGCCACUACGAGCAGGCGACACUAGAGGCAGCUCGAGUAUAUUCUCAAGCAGGUCACUUCUUGCCACUGCUAGUCAAUUCUUCACUCCAUCGUCGGAUCCAACUCUCGGCGCUAGUGCACCUUCCGACAGCUUUGCCGCUGUACGGCUCCGCGCACAGCUGCCCGACUCAAUCCUGCAUUCCUCACGUUUGCUUUCACCGGAAGGCAGUACCGAUACUCUACGAUCGUCCAAGCAGCCAGCACCACUCAAGCGCAGCAUCGUCAGAAAGGGUAGACUCGACUUUGCAGUAGACCAAUUGCCUUCUGCUAUCCCCCCGGAAUCGAAGCGUCUGCGCGACCGUAACAUUGCCCAGGCUAUGUCGGACUCGAUAGCCAACCUGGUGCUGGGAUCGGAGGCGAAGGGUCGACCAUUAGACAACGAAGUCAUCUUUUCCGUGACAUCUUCGGGGAUCAUGGAUUCAGAUAUCCAAGAAUUGGAUCUUGUUCACGAAGUUGCAGACCCCGAACGGCGUCUGGACGGUAUUGGUGCCGAAGGAGAGACGCCUUCGCUGCUGGACCUCGUCCACCAAUGUCACAAUCACGAGCCAUGGCUCGAUACAAGUCUCACGCCUUUCGUAUUGGACGGCGUACAGAUCGGAUUUCUUCAAGACCGUGUGGUGAAGGCGUGCAUGGACGACUCUGCAGAGCAGAUUCGAGCUGGGUCUGCGGCCGUCCUCCGCAAAGUGCGCUUUUCGAUGGAUCACCGCGAGAUCAUGCCGCCGACAUGCAGUUCACGCAUCUGUGAAGCGAUCAGCUUUACGUCUGAUUUUGCGACACCAGAAGCGAGGACUGUUGGGCUCAAUGCGGUAGCGCAGCGAUGGCGACAGGCGCGGAUCUUUCGCGAUCCUCUUGAUGGUUGGCGCGACGAGCUGUACGCGAUCUACGCGCUCAAUCCUCGACCAGGGUCACGCAACCCGAUCGCCUUCAAAUUGGAACGCGCCGCAUGUGCCCUUUUUGGCUUUGCAACCUUUGGCGUCCACCUGACGGCAUACAGCGUCGCUCCAGGCACAGGCGAGCUCAAGGUCUGGGUUCCACAACGCAGCCUCACAAAGUCGACAUGGCCUGGCUACUUGGACAACUCGGUAGCUGGCGGCAUUGUCGCUGGGGAUUUGCCUAUGGAGAGCAUGGUCCGUGAGUGCGAGGAAGAAGCCAACCUCGAGUCGUCCUUGGUAGAAAAGCAUAUCAAACAGACGGGUGUGCUCAGCUACUGCUACAAGACAGCCAAACAAGGCUGGAUUCAACCCGAAGUCGAAUACGUGUACGAUCUUCCGCUUCCGCCCGAGGUGACCUUGCAGCCAAAGGACGGCGAGGUGGACCAUUUCGAGCUGCUGACGCUUGACGAGAUCUACAACAAGAUGAGCAAAGGCAAGUUCAAGCCGAACUGUGUACUUGUAAUGCUCGACUUUCUGAUCAGGCACGGUCAUAUCACAGCGGACACAGAGCCAGGGUACAGACAGAUAGUUGCACAGUUACAUGUGGAUCUACGUCUGCCAGGUCCAUGA